AGAUGCACUACCGACGUCCGUCUGUUCCAAAGCCUCAUCUCUUGCUGCCAGCUUCGAAGCACUUAACCUGCAGGGUGCUUCCGUGCUGUCGUCUGUGUUCAGCGAAGUCUAUCACAACUGUCGUGGCAUGCCUAGGAUGACAGUAGCGGGCUUGCUUGAAGGCGCUGUUGAACUCAUGGUCUCUCAAGCUGUACCGUUCACGACCAACUUACUCCAGGCACGGCCCUCGCCUUGCGGCUGCUGCCGACAGGAACCGCCGGGUGAAGAAAACACCACUGACCAGAUAUGGUCUGUCGAUAGCUUCCCAGCUCUGUACCACCGCCGAGAGGAUCGCACUGUUAGAGUCCCUGGCGACACACCGAGCGACUUCCUUGAAAGAGAUCUAUCGCUCACAAAGUUAGAGAAGGUUCAAAAGCAUCUGUGGUUUGCUGGGAAUAAACGCCCGACGGCACCACUACACUACCAGAUUUCCAUUGGGCGGAGCAUAACACUUAUGGAGCGGAUGGAUCUACAUCUGCUGUGGUUAAACGAUGGAACUCUCUUCGUCAAGCCCAUGCCGCAUUAUCUGCUUGAUUCCGGUGUGUGGCAGGGCUACCUGACUUGUCCAUCUGAUUGUGCCAAUUGUGCCCGCACGGCGCCGCCAGGGUGUCCCAGGAAGAAGCUGAGGAAAUGUGCUAUGGGCUUCCUCUUCAGCUUCGCCUGCCUCGUAUCCUAUCAGAGCGAUUUCGAAAUCGCGCUCGAGAAGCACCUCUUUCCAAAGAGGAACGACGGCUCCGAUCCAUGCUGGCAAGACUGGAAGAGAUUUGUGAGAGAGGUCAUCGCGGCAUACAAAGCGGAAGACGUCCAUGAGCGGUUCCAUCGUGGCGAGCUCCGCCUUUCCAGGCUCAAUACGAUCCAUCAGUUUAGCCAAUUGCCGCCCUUCGACCCGUACUUCAGCACCUGGCACCAUUACGGCGAUCUAUUCCGCGAAAACCUCACCUGGCUGGCGACAGCGACUGUCUUCAUUGCCCUGAUUCUAACGGCGAUGCAGGUCGGGCUUGCCAUAGAACGCCUCAAUACCCAAAAAUCCUUUGUCAACGCAUCGUACGGGUUCACCAUCUUCGCCAUGAUUGGACCCAUCGGUGUUUUAGGCUUGGUAUUCAUAGCGGCCUUGUACAAUCUGUUGAAAGACUUGCCUCAUCUUCUGGGUCUGACAUCAAAGUCACCAUAUAAGAAGGUCAGCCCCUCUUCGUUAGAAAUACGGCAAGGCAGGCAGACGGAUGGGUCGUCCCGAGUGUAGAGUUACUUUCUCCCACUGUAGAGGACAGUAUAUUAUCAACGCCAAGCAACCUCCUAUACUUAUCAUUUGGAUGGACUAGAAUAUGGCGGUAGUAAUAAAAGGACUAUGGUUGUCUGUGGCGGUUGCUCCUUGUUAGUGGCUCUAGCUAUAGUUCAUGGCUCC